AUGUUGAAGACUGUAGUAACUGUCGCCGCACUUAUCAACCUUGCCUUGAAAGCCGUUGCUUUAAAGGAUGAUUCUCUGCUUGUAAACACAACUUCAGGUCCAGUGCUCGGUUUCCUCGACAACGCUACUACUUCCGUUCCUCUGCAGAAAUGGUACGGCGUUCGGUACGCGCAGGAUACAUCCGGUGCGAAUCGGUGGCGUCCCCCCAAGCCAUUUGUGGACACUAGCGGCAACGUUUUCAAUGCAUCAGGAUUUGGUCCUGCUUGCCUUCAGGGAAGGGCGGAUGGUGGAAAUGGGACGAGCAUCCAGAGCGAGGAUUGUUUGAGGAUUAAUGUGAUCGCUCCCGUCAACGCGACGAAUCUUCCUGUGUAUAUUUAUUCAUACGGUGGGGGAUUUGAUAGUGGUGCAUCUUCGGACCCAAAGAUCGACGGCUCGUUCCUUGCUGCGAAGGGGAUAGUAUUCGCGAGCUAUAAUUACCGAUUGUCACUCUGGGCAUGGCCGCAUGCCAAAGAAAUUGCAGAUGCCGGUGAGAUGCAGAACUUUGGACUUCUGGAUACCAGGGCUGCCGUUGAGUGGAUCCGAGACAACGCGAAGGUUUUUGGAGGGGAGUCUGUCGGAGCAGAAAUGACGAACUUCUACAUGUCGGCUUGGCCCAACGACCCAAUCGUUCGAGGAGCCGUAAUGCAAAGCUCUGAUACAUCGCAGCCACAAUGGCAGCUCGGAAACCAACUCGAGGCGAUAUCCAAGAACCUAUCCUGUCUGACGACCAAAGGCCAACUUGACUGUCUGCGAACCAAAAGUGGCGUUGCUCUUCAAGAGAUCCUAUUGUCGUCAGGGAAUCAGUUCCAGCCUGUGAUCGACAACAUAACCGUUUUUAAGGACUAUGUAAAACAAACAAGGGAAGGCCGGAGCGCGAAGAUACCUUUGCUGAUAGGGACUAAUAAGGACGAGGGAACGUUGAUUGUCAAUAGCGAGCCGACGGCGUUUACAGACGAAAGAGCUUACCUCAUAAGCAACAACUUGAACUUCCCCUUCGCUAACUUCACGAAGGUUCUAGAGAUGUAUCCGAGUCCAUCAGAAAUUUAUCCGUCGGUGUAUAAUGCUACAUCAGCGAUAUGGAGGGACGCACAUAUGCUGUGCCUUGCGCAUAAUCUCGGGAAGUGGAGGACUGAGGCGCUGGGGCAGCCAGUUUGGCGGUAUCACUUUGACUUAGUGGCGGAUAAUCUGAAUUCUCUAGGGGCCUCGAUAGGCACUUUCCAUGGCGAGGAUAUUCGUUUCGUUAUGGGGACAACUGCAACUAUUGUACUCAGUCCGCCAUUCAUACCCGUAACCCCCUUCGAGCACAAGGUAUCCGACUACAUGGUCGAGGCUUGGACGAACUUCGUGAAGGACCCUACGCUUGGCCCAAGAAUUUCUGGAUGGGAAAAAUACGACCCAUCUAAUAGAACAACGUUGGCAAUCCUCGGUAUAUCCGAUUCAGGAGCCAUUCCAGGAGAUCACUUUCAGAUAGACGAGUCUUGCAAGUAUUGGAAUACUAUUCUGACUAUAUAUCCACAGCUUGCGGAAACUGGACGUGUUAGAUAG